AUGGCAGGACAGGCGUUUAGAAAAAAGUUUCUUCCAUUCUUUGAGCCAGUACUGGUUGAAAGGAGCACUGCUGAAACUGUAACCAAAGGAGGCAUUAUGCUUCCAGAAAAAUCUCAAGGAAAAGUAUUGCAAGCAAUAGUAGUCGCUGUUGGAUCGGGUUCUAAAGGAAAAGGUGGAGAGAUUCAACCAGUUAGCAUGAAAGUUGGAGAUAAAGUUCUCCUCCCAGAAUAUGGAGGCACCAAAGUAAUUCUAGAUGACAAGGAUUAUUUCCUAUUUAGAGAUGGUGACAUUCUUGGAAAGUACGUAGACUGA